CCUCGCUCGGCUGGCAGCAGCGGCUUCUUAAUCCCCAGUCCGCUUUGCAAGUGGAAGAGAGAGGUCGGCGGAGGAGAGUGAGGGUCGGAGGCUGGCUGCACCUGCCGGAAACCGGUGAGAACAGCGUGAUCCCUGAAGAGUCCAUUGACAUUUUUUUUCCAGUGCUAGCAUUGAACGAGUUCACAGCGUAAGCCGGUCUGAAGUCUUCGUGUUGCUUUAAAUAAAACUCUUCAUUGCCGCAUGUAAGGUGAGAGAUCUCUUUUCUGAGAAGAAGGAGGGCUCUUGUCGCAGCAGCAACCAAGCAGUCUUUUAAGAAGCAUGAAAGGGGAGUUGAAGAAACUGAAGCCAAAAGCAAGACUUUAACCAAGCCCCUCAUAAUAAUUUGGAACACCAUCAAAGCACAGCAUUCUUGACAGGAUUAGAUCUUUCUGUUGUGGAGAAGAGAAGAAAUUACUUGGGGAAUUUUAUUUUUCAUUUCUGGAUAGACAGAACUAGCCGGAAAGCUAAAUUCAAAACCAUUUAUAUUAUUCUGCUUGUGUUUUUUAUAAAAAGUUAGAAUCCAAAGUUCUCUGGUUUUAAAGACUCUUAAUUUGCAAAGUGCCUUUAUGAAGAAACUUCCUCCUUCAACUCUUUAAAGCAGAUGAAUGAUUCCUGGCAAAUGCAGUAAGAGCUGGACUUGCAAUCCAAAGGGUACAAAUGUGGAAAGAUGAUGCUUCAGAGACUUACAAGCCAACAUUAAUAAGCAGAAUAUUUUGCACUGUGUAUUGAGUGCGCACCAAGGGUUCUUGCCUGGGGAGGAACUUCCAGGAAAGACCAACUAGAUUUAAUUUUCUCAAAACGCUUGUGGUUCCUUGGCUGGCUCUGUGGCUGGCAUUUCCAGUUCUGAAUUGUGCUUCAUGGGGGUUUUUGGAAGGGGAGCAGGUUUUGCAGCAAAGGACAACAUUGUGGAUCUGGGAGACUUGGAACCCAUAUGCCAACAGGCAGAUUAUCUGAAUCCAAGAAGGAAAGGCUUUUUCUCCAACAGUUGCCUUCUGUAGUGUAUUGAGGACUGGAACAAAACCACACAGCCUAGCAACAUGUCAUCCAAGCUGGAACAAAAGGAGACUCAUCACUCCAAUGGAGUCGUGCUGCCCAUUGUAGUUGGGCCUAUAGAUUGUCUCUCUAGCCCAGACAGAGAACAUCUGGUUGAAUCCUCAGAGUUUUUAGGAUCGGAAGAAGAAGUAGGAGUGGAGGUGAUAGUGAUAGAAUCCCGAGCCAAUGCCAAAGGGGUUUGUGAAGAGGAUGCUCUGCUGGAAAAUGGCAGUCAAACUACUGAGAGUGAUGAUACCAGCACAGAUCGGGGUCCAGAACCAGUUUCUUUACUCAAAGAGACAUCUUUUUCCAUUGGGCUACAAGUCCUUUUUCCUUUCCUGCUGGCAGGAUUCGGAACAGUAGCUGCUGGAAUGGUCCUGGACAUUGUGCAGCACUGGGAUGUCUUCAAGUACGUGACAGAAGUCUUCAUCUUGGUUCCAGCACUUCUGGGGUUGAAGGGCAACUUGGAGAUGACACUAGCCUCUCGACUUUCUACAGCUGCUAACAUUGGGCAAAUGGACAGUCGUAAAGAACUCUGGAAGAUGAUAACUGGGAACAUGGCUUUAAUACAGGUUCAAGCAACAGUGGUUGGUUUUUUGGCCUCAAUUGCUGCAGUAGUAUUUGGCUGGAUUCCAGAUGGACACUUCAGCAUGGGGCAUGCGGUUCUUCUUUGUGCCAGCAGUGUGGCCACUGCCUUUAUAGCCUCCCUCGUGCUGGGCAUGAUCAUGAUUGGUGUAAUAAUUGGCUCUCGAAAGAUGGGCAUCAAUCCUGACAAUGUGGCAACACCUAUCGCUGCCAGCCUCGGUGACCUCAUCACUCUUGCCCUGCUCUCUGGGAUCAGCUGGGGGUUGUAUAUAGAAUUGGAGGACAAACCCUAUGUGAAUCCCCUGGUGUGUGCCUUUUUCGUUGCACUACUCCCACUCUGGAUCAUCAUUGCAAGGAGGAAUCCAGCAGCCCGGGAGGUCCUAUACUCUGGUUGGGAGCCAGUCAUCAUUGCCAUGGCUAUUAGCAGUGUUGGUGGAUUGAUAUUGGGGAAAACUGUGUCAGAUCCAAAUUUUGCUGGAAUGGCAGUCUUUACUCCAGUUAUCAAUGGUGUGGGUGGCAACCUGGUAGCUGUCCAAGCAAGCCGCAUCUCCACUUACCUCCAUAUGAGCGGACUGCCGGGAGAGAGCUCAGAAAUAGUCGCCCGGAAAUGCCCAAGCCCUUGCAGCACUUUCUUCAGUUCAGAUGUGAAUUCCCGAUCUGCUCGGGUCCUCUUCCUCCUGGUAGUUCCUGGUCAUUUAGUUUUCCUUUACACCAUCAACUGCAUGAGGGCUGGUCACACAACACUCACCUUGAUCUUCAUAUUGUUCUACAUGACUGCAGCACUUUUGCAGGUUCUCAUCCUUCUUUACAUUGCUGACUGGAUGGUCCACUGGAUGUGGGGCAGAGGCCUAGACCCUGACAACUUUUCUAUACCAUAUUUGACGGCGCUGGGCGAUCUGCUUGGGACUGGUCUUCUGGCACUCAGCUUCCAUAUCCUCUGGCUCAUUGGGGACCGGGACACAGAUGUGGGGGACUAAAACCCUUCCUUCCUCAGCUUCUUCACCUUCCUGUAGGUUUCCUUCAGUGACAUUCCCUACCGACCCCAGCCCUAUUGCCAUCAUUUGUCUCUCUUUGGGACUUCAACUUUGCUAAUGGAUUCUCAUUAUUUUCAAUGGGAAUUUUAUGUAGUUUCUAUUUCAAGCCAAGUUUGUACAUAAAAGUAUAUAUAGUUUUAGGAAGGAUGAAAGAAAACAAAUGUGUAAAGACAAUCACCAAGUGCAAUUUCAUAAUGGUUAAUAUGUAGGAUACAAUAGAGAAUGAUUGCAUCAACAAUCUUUAAAGAAAUCACAUGUUCCUCAAUUUGCACCCCCUUUAAGGCACUACAUGUAAAUCUGUGUGUGUGGUUUUGUUUAUGCGUGAGAGAGAAUAUUUGAAAUGCAAUUCAGGUUCCUAAGGUGUUAAACGCAUCACAAGAAUUCCUCAUUUGUCACAUUUGGGUUCUGAAAUAGAUUAAAUGGUUUGGAUACUCACUCUUCUUUGAUCACAAACCAGACUUAGGAAAAAGACCAUAGCUAUUCGUAAAAAACAAAAUCAGUCACGAUGGCGGGGUGCAUUUUGUACUAAGUGGUUGAAUAGGAGUGCUUCUUUGGUCUUUGAAGUGAGGCAAUAAUAAUUACAGAUUAGCGCAUUGGUAGGAAAGAGAGGCUCAGUGGGUGCACCC